AUGAGUCAAAGAGGAAGCAAGGAUAAUAAAGCUCAAGCGCCCGUUGACAUAACCAACCCCGCAUUUGCCUCUCGAUGUGGUAAACGUUUGCUCAAACGUGCUGCUGGUAACCGUGCCGUACCGAUCAAAGAAUUUGCGUACAACAGCGUGGAGCAUUCUCUCGGCAUCUUUUUUAAUCGGCCGCACUUCAUUGACCAAAUCAACAAAUGGCGGGAUCGUGCUGAUUCAGACAAUGUUUUGCAUGAUGUUUACGAUGGAAGAAUGUGGAAAGAGUGGAAGCAGUCUGGUUUCCUCGAUGACAAGCACGCGUUGUUGUUGACGUUAAAUGUGGAUUGGUUUCAGCCCUUUUGA